AGCACCAGCGGCAGCCGGAAGAUGACCGACGAGGUCGAAAUCAAGACCUACUUCAAACUGCUCGACGUCGUCAAAUGGAUCGGCAUAACGCAGUUCGAGAUGCUGGUCAAUUUGCUGGCCUUUCUCGUGUUCACCAUCAUUCUGACGGUCAAAGUGACCACCGGAACGCUGGCGGCCACCCCGAUCAGCACCAGCGAGUGGUUGCUCAUGUUUUCGCCCCUCUUUUGUGGUGAUUUUUGUAACGCGUACUUUUGCGUCAUCGUCGGCAUCCGGAUGUACCUGGGGAACAAGCACCGGCAGGCAUUGCACCGGCUGUCCUGGAGCAUCCACGUGCUGCUGCUGACCGCCGGCUUCAAGUAUCUGGUGUGCAUGAAACUGUCCGGCCAGAGUGGGCUCGAGUACAGCGAGGUCUUUUCGCCGAUCUUUGUGCUGCUGCAGUUGAUUGCGGUGAAGGCGUGCCAGUUCAAGCAGCAGUCGUGAGGGGAUGACGGCGGAACGAGCGGGGGUAGCGGUGCAGGUAAGGUGGGCGUUGAAUGUUUGGGGUCGUUCUUUAUUUUUAUGUUUCGAAAUAACAUGAUUCAUUUAGUAA